UAGAUAAAUGUUAUUUAGGCAAUUAUGAUGACAAUGAUAAAAAUGAAUCAGCAUGUUAUUUACCAAGAUUAUUGAACAUAAAUAAGAAUAUUGUUAAUACACAUAAACAUUGUGAUACAUGUAAACAAUCGUAUGAAUUAUACGAUCGUUGUAUAUAUCAGCGUGUUAUGUAUCAUGGGCGUUCUUAUAAAAGACGUGACUCUAUUAAUAGUUAUACAAUAGCAUAUCAUGAUAUAAAUGGCAAUAUACGUUUUGGCUAUAUAGAAUAUUUUAUAAAUUGUAAAUGUGGUGUUAGAGUAAAAAUAUCUGAACUUAAAAAACAGUAUUCUUUUUUAUUUCAUUUGAAGAAAAGUAAAUACUAUGAUAUUUUAUCUAGUGUAUUAGAUUACUUUUUUACAGUAGUGGAUGAAACAACAGCUGCGUUCGAUAUUGAUACUGAACAAGUAUGGAGAAAAUGUAUUAUAUAUCCAGUUGGGCGUUAUCAUGUUAUUACACCAUUAUUAACAACAUUUGAACACGAUUAA